AAUCUAAAACUUCCUUGUGAAAGGAAACGAAAUCCCUUGCGGUAAUAGGCUUCUCCAAAUUUCAGAUACAAUCAAGAAGAAGAGAAAUCAAGCGAUGAUACCAAACGCGAGUAUAUAGCUGAAUUUGAACCAACAAAACGAAUCGAUGAUGGUAAACGACCCAAAAUCAUUAUUCCUCCGUUAGAAAACUCAUGGAAGUGUACAAAUAAGAUGAAAAAUCUUCAAAGUCUGACAAAAGCUUCUGCUACUGAUGAUCCUGAAAGUCGGUUUGAAGCAGCUCCUCCAACUACAGCUGAAGUUGGUGAUCAGGGUUUCAAAUAUGGAUUAACUCUAAGAAAAAAGGAAGAUGAUGAUCGAGAAGAUGUUGUUAUGGUUGAUGCUAAUGGUGGUGGUAUUGAAAAUUUAAUGAUGAACAAAUUCAAAGAGGAUAUGGAGAAGUUGCCGGAGGAUCGAGGAAUCGAUGAGUUUAUUGAUUGCCUUGUUGAGGGUUAUGGUGAGGCAUUACUUGCUGGGUAUGGUUGGAAAAAAGGACAAGGGAUUGGGAAGAAUGCAAAGGAAGAUGUUCAAGUUGUUCAGUAUGUGAAAAGGGCUGGAAGAGAAGGAUUAGGUUAUGAACCUGAAAUUAAUCAUUUGAAGAUAUAGAGGGAUACAGAAAAAGAAACUGGUAUAGUUCGAGAUGCAGAUAAUCACAAAUUACUCAAUAUCCGGCUUAAACAAAUUGCAGAGUACAUCGGAGAUCCGAGUCAUUUAGGAUAUUAUUGAUCUUCCUUGACCAAGAUGUGCAUCAUGCAAUUUCAUUAACAUAUAUUAUGAUUCUUAUUCAUUGCAAACUUAUGAUUCUUAUUCAUUGCAAACUAGCAUCAGUCUUUCAGAUUGUAACUGGUCUUUUUAUAUUUGAACAUUAUGUGCUUAAUAUGAAACUGAUUAGUUU